UGUGCGCAUGUUCCGCAUGUUCAAUGUAGGUAGAAUUAGACGAAGAACACUAACGGAGAGAGAGAGAGAGAGAGAGAGAGAGAUAGAGUUCGGGCAAGGAGGGAGAGAAGGAGAGAGAGAGUGACACAGUACCUACAUGUGGAGCAGAGAGACGAACAAGUUGUACGUACGAGUAGUAACGAAACCGUUGAUACGCAAGGUGGACGAGUUGCUCGGCGAAAAGAAGGAAUCGUACGUAGGAACAUGGUAAAAUCGUAACUGGACGGAUUUCGGAGAACGUUCGAGUCUGGAAGAGGCUGACACGAGUGUAAACGAAUAGGUUAUACGGUGGCCAUUCGAUUUGGUGGAGCAAAGCAAAAAGGGGCGCUUGGUUUUCAAGUGUGAACGACAAAAGGUGGACAAAAGGAGGUGGAAGUGGUGGUAGUGGCGGUAGUGGCGGAGGUGGUGGUGGUGGCGGCGACAGUAGUAGUAGUAGUACGGUGGAACCAAGAGGUGGAGAAGGCUCGAGGAAGGCUCUGCCAGCCGCCGGAAGAGCAUCGACGGCGACGGGGGCGGGGAAGCUGUCCACCGAACGGAACGACUGCUCGGUGAUACGAACGGCGAGUCGAAAGGUUUCCUGAACGGAUACGAAUAUACAAACUGUCGAGGAUAAUCAGCAAUUUUCUGUCAGUCGAACCGCAACCCCCCUUUCAUUCUCAUAAUCGACGAAUCGCAUAAGAAAUUGCUGCAACGUGGGUGGAUUCGCUUGGAUACACGAACAACAAUUUGUUUUAGCCGGUAUCCAGUGAAGGGAGAGGAAGUAAGAGACGACGGUGGCGGUGGCGGCGGUGGCGGUGGUGGCUGCGGUGGCGGCGGCGGCGGCGGUGGCGGCGGUAGUAGUGGUUGAAAAAGUCGAGUUGGAGGAAGAGGAAGAAGAAGAGGUGAACGGGUAGAACGGCAACGGAAACUAACAUACGUGUGUAUAGUUUAGGGGAGAAGGAACGAAUAGGAAAGUAUAAGAAUCGGAAUAAGAAUACGAAUAAAAAUAAAAAUAAAAAUAAAAAUAAAAAUAAAAAUAAAAAUAAAAAUAAAGAGCAUCGUCGUUAAACUUGUUAAAAAUGGCGGACACGAGUGAACAACAAACCUUGUCCGAGCCACACACGAAUGGAGUAAUGGACGGUUUGACGGAGGAGGAAAAGAGUAAAAUGAGGCCUGCCGAUAUCGAUGCGGACAUGAGAGAAAUGGAGAGGAGGAAGAGGGUCGAGAUGAUGAUGAACUCGCGACUGUUCCGAGAGGAGCUGGAACGGAUAAUCGAAACGCAAAUGAAAGAUGGUGCCGGGCCGUCCGGUCUUUUGCAGCAAAUCUCGGAUAUGAUGGGUGCGCAAGGUGCUCGGUUCAACGGCAAUGUGUUCAAAAGCUCGAAUUGCGUAUUGCCCAUCAAUGACAUUCGUGGCGUUGAAAGCAUGGGCUAUGCGAAAGGAGAGAAAUUGUUGCGCUGCAAGUUGGCAGCAGUGUUCAGAUUGUUGGACCUUUAUGGCUGGACUCAAGGCGUGGGAGGGCAAAUUACGGCUCGCUUGAACCAAGAUCAAGAACACUUUUUAGUCAAUCCGUACGGGUUGCUUUACCACGAAAUCACCGCUUCGAGUUUGGUCAAAGUCGACAUGCAAGGGACGAUCGUGGAACAGGGAACGACUAACUUCGGGGUCCACGUGACGGGAUUUCAAUUACAUUCGACGAUUCAUGCUGCCAGGCCCGAUAUCAAGUGUAUCGUUCACAUUACCACUCCGUCCGUUACUGCUAUUUCCUCUUUAAAAUGCGGUUUAUUGCCUAUCGGACAAGAGAGUAUAGUAAUAGGGGAGGUGAGCACGCAUCAGUAUAUCGGUGGAUCCUUUGAGCCGGAGGAAAAGGAGAAAAUAGCCAGAAAUCUUGGUCCAGUGAACAAAGUGAUGUUAUUGACGAAUCGUGGUGCUCUCUGCUGCGGGGAAACCGUCGAGGAAGCCUUCUUCAAUGUUUACAAUACGGUGUUGGCUUGCGAGACGCAGUUAAAAUUGAUGCCUGCUGGACUCGAUAACCUAAAUCUCAUCACGGAAGAAUCGAAGAAAGCUAUAUUCGAAGCUUCCAGGAAACCGCCAACUCCGCAGCAAACGGCUCCGAUCUCCGAGAGCACUGCUCUAGCCGAAAAACUUGAGAAGCGUUGGCGAAUCGGUGGAACUGAAUUCGAGGCGCUCAUGAGGAUGCUCGACAAUGCUGGAUUUCGUACGGGUUACAUAUAUAGAAAUCCAUUAGUGAAAGGAGAACCCCCACGACCCCGUAACGACGUGGAAGUACCACCCGCAGUCUCGUCUCUAGGAUAUCUGCUCGAAGAGGAAGAACUUUAUAAACAAGGGCUCUGGAAAGGUGGUCGGAAGGGCACAGACAGAUCACGUUGGUUAAACUCUCCAAAUGUGUAUCAGAAGGUUGAAAUAUUGGAGACUGGAACUCCCGACCCGAAAAAGAUUACGAAGUGGGUGUCAGACGGCUCGCCGACCCAUAGCAGUACUCCGGUGAAGAUUGACAGUGCUCUUCAAUUUGUGCCGAAAAAUACCAAUCCGAAGGAGUUUAAGCAAAUACAACAACAGAUCAAAGAUUACCGAAGAGCCGACAAAAUAUCGGCUGGGCCACAGUCUCACAUAUUGGAAGGCGUUACAUGGGAAGAAGCUAAGAAGAUGCAGGAUGCCACGAUUAGCGGAACAGGCGAGCAAGUGGUUUUAGUGGGGGCAGCUAGUAAAGGUAUCAUUCAAAGAGGCUUUCAGCACAACGCGAUGGUCUAUAAGACUCCGUACGCGAAAAAUCCAUUCGACGCUGUUACGGACCAAGAGCUUGAUCAGUACAAGAAAGAAGUCGAACGGAAACAGAAAGGAGAUCCGUACGACGAGUCCCAGUCGGAAUCGGAGGCAUUGUCGUCGUUCAACGUUAGCCGCGCGACACACGAGUCGAGUACCGCAAAGAGUCCAAUACAAUCGCCGGUUUCGGUAACUUCCGAGACGGAAGAAGAAAGCAGAGAUGAACCCCGUGUACUACGAAUAGAAACGAAGCAAGUGCCUGUGCCGAGUCAGCCAGAGGUUGUCCUGAGCGACGAUCGUGAUUCGUCGAGCAGGUGCUGCAGCGAAAGUGAAAAUUACCAAGUGAUCGAGAAUGAGAUGCGCGUCGAUAGUCAGAAAUGCUGCCACUGCCAAGACUGUAUCUGUCGUCGACACGAACCUCGGUUAGAGGUAGCUCGCAGCGGUGUUAUCGCUCAGCGAAUGACACCCACGAUAAUAUCGUACUCUCCGAAGGUUGUUCCUCGAGAUGCCACCUUGGAUCGCUCGAGAUACGUGUCUGACGUUGAGAAGUCGAGCUUCUCUUGUUUCGCGGAGACAGAGCGAAGAGAAGGAAUGCCGAAAUUACAAGCAAGUUCGUCGUCUAAUGCUUGCCCGAACGAAAAGAUUCGUAAAGGCAGCGCAGAGACAGGAAAGAAUGACCUGUCGGCCGAACUGACGAACGCCUCGAAACGUAUCGUCGAAAUUGUAAACGAUAUCGAUGCAAAUCUCCGUUCAUCGAACACUAAAUUGAACGCUUUACGUUACUCCGAUUUCAAAGCCUCGACCAAAUACCAUUUAGAUCCCGUCGAUAUGACGUUACUCUACAGAUUAACGCCAAUCGUAGACUCCGAGUAUCCGGAUACUCUGGACGAGGGCGGGUUACGAGCGUCGUUGCUGUCGUUGGUCGAACGCGACGAACCCAACAACAAUCUGUAUUCUCGUGCACGAUCGAACGGGAAGAAAAACUUUGAAUGCAAACAACAGUGGUGGAAAACCGUGGAACGCGAUUUCGAUGGAAAACAUGACCACCGUCUCUGGUUCGACGAAUAUACUUUUGAAUCGACGAAUUUGCGAACUUGUUCGUCCGUCAGCGAACGUACCGAUGACCGUUCAAACGAAGGAUCCGACACAUUGGAAUUACCCGAUGUCACGAUUCUUCGAUUACUCGACACCAACGACGAUGCUUUUCGCAACGACAUUAGCGACAGCGCGAACGAAAUUAUCGCCGAACUCGAUGCUAACGAUACUUAUGCGAAUAUUUUUUGUCUCGUCGCAGAAAUUUUCGAGAGAGUUUGCACCCUUUGUAGUAACAGGCAAUUCAUCGAUCAGCAUGUCACGCCGCGUAUUUCUUCGUCUUCCUUCACCGGCUGUUCUUCGCCCUUGUCUUCGGAAGCUCUCGCGUCCUCGACAUUGUUGUCGACUUUGAAAGAUCAUUGCGAACUCGUGGAGAUGGAUGCGAACGGAACGAGCCAGGAAAGUUUCUUCACGGAGAACAGAAAAGAAAGUGUACCUCUCUUUGUUGUACACGAAAUUGUCCACCAUGUAAUCGAUGCUGAUACAGCUGAUAUAGACAAGCAUAAACUCGAACGUAAAUUCACGAAUAUCCUAACGGAGGUUGUAAAGGUUGAUUGGUCGUUUAAAAAUGCUAAAAACAGUGCAAACGUGGAGCUUAAGGAAGCUGCCGGUUCAAACGCUAUCGACGAAGAGAGAGAAUCGGCUGGUGUGCAUCGAUCGAAAGAAGAGGAAUCGCGCGAUGUUUGUGUCCAAGUUCCAGUCAGCUGGAUUCGAACGAACAAAGAAAGCACGGAAUCGGCCAGUAGAGAGGAGGCGGUAAUCGGAACAGAGUGCGAUGCGAUUUUCGAGUUUCGUACGAUAGCCAAGAGAAACUUGACGAGUGACAAUGAUAGAGCCGUGGAAUUGAAUUUUCGAGUCGAGACGAGUCGUGGUUACCGAAACAUUGUCGACGAUGAGGAAACGGAUCAGAGGACGGAUCGUCGGAGAUGCGAGAAUCCCAACGAAAAUGAUGCGGAACGUAUUGCCUAUAAUGGGGGGACAGUAGCGGAAAGUCCAUUUUCGAGUUUCGAAAGCGUGAAUUGUGCAGAACGAGAGGCUAGCGCUGCCUAUUCGUGCGAGAACAGCGACGAGCAAAUGGAGUCGUUGCAACUAUCGGGAUCGGAGAAUCUGUCGGAUGACGAGACACUCUCCAAGUCAUUCGAGAUCUGCGACGAAUGCAUUUAUUGCGUCAGUCGAAUCAGUCGCGAUGGAAAGUGUCCUUUAUCACCCGUAGAGGAAGAAAUCAGAGACGCGAUAGCAGAUAAGAAGAAGAGGAAGAAGCGAGAGAGUCGGUCGUUACCGAUGAUCACCAGGCCGAUCAAAGAAUCGCGGUCAUCUAUCUGAACGUCGAGGAAGAUAAACCGAUGACGAUUGAACCUGUACCGGGAGCAACGUGAAUACCUUCGCUACUUUCUCAAGUUGUCUGUCCAACGAUCGGGCACUUUGUUAUUCGAGUAGUUUUCAACGAUAUUCAGUUAAGAGUCUCGAGUACCUGUCGGACCAUUUUAUUUGCACAUUGAAUCGCUAAGACACGUAUUUUCAGUUGAUUUUUUUAUUUUGCUUUUAUUUUCAUACAGAUUUCAUACAGAUUUCGUAACGUGUCGCAGUUGUAUACGUACAGUCAGUAUUGUAGUAAGCUGUUUUGUUUCGACCGCUUAACGAUCACCUAAAUCGUUUAAUAUAUACGGGCGCAUACUUUCCACUAUCGACACAACUGCAAUCGAAACGACCACCGGCGAUUGAUCGUUAUUUUAAAGAAUGUUUCUUUCCUCGUUUAUAUUUCGCCUUGUUUUUCUUCUUUCUUCUUCUCUUUCUUCCGCUCUCUCUGUCUCUUCUUUUGGUUUUUUAUGUUUCCUGCUUGCAUUGUGUAUCGAGCAUGUGUAUCCUGUUCGAACCGAAAUAAAUUGCCUGGUAAAGAGAGAAGGAAAGAAAAUUGCGACUCCAUUGAUAAACGACGCCUCGACCUGCAUGCAUCAUCAGCCGAGCAAGUUUGCAUAAAGAAUUCGCCUAUCCGUUUCUUUUUCUGAGUAAUCAUUCGAGCGAUACGUUAGAUGUAACGGUAAUUCCAUGUACAAGGUAAGCAUGCGCUUGAUUUUGGUAUCGACAACUCCUUAACUUUUGCACGUUCUGUAACC